UUCGGCUUUUGGCUUGGCUUACCUUAUAUCAGUUAUAUGUACUAGUAUGUUCUCUCAUGUCUCCAAAAUCACAUUGAUAUCACUAACGUUGGGGGUACCGGCCUAUUAUUGCGUACUUUGGGAGGCAUCAAAAUCAGGUAUCGCAGUUUAGUAAAAGCAUGAGGUUGAGUGUUUGACCUGGAUGAAAAGGAGCUUACUUUCAAGUUGGUUUGGAUUUCACGUCCUUGGCUUUAAGGGCAGGCUUGCAGCUGUGUAUAGUAAUUGAAGAAGAGCCAACUUAAUUAGAAGCAUGUACGUCAUGCAUAGGUGGGCUUGGAGCUGUGUAAUUGAACAAGAGCCAACUUAUUAGUCCUACAUUCAAAGUUUGCUCCUAUUAGAUUCUCAUUUGCAGAUAUAGUUGAACACAGCCUAUAUAACCAAAAAAAACAUUUACACAAUUUCAUCACUCUGUCUAAGAGAGAGAGAGAGAGAGAGAGCGAGAGAGAUCUUUGAAUUGCAGCUAUGGUUUCUUUGCAACCACCCCUUUCUCCAGAUCGAAGAAAGGAAAUCCCAGAGUUUGAGAAUUCAUCAAAGAAGAGAAAGAUGGAAGAGUCACAAACAGAACAAAUUUUUGAGAAGAGAUCAAAAGCUGAAGGCACAAAGUCUAUAUUUGAUAUCGAGCAACACCUAGAGACUCCAUUACCUUUGGAGUGGCAACGAUGCCUUGAUGUUCAGUCAGGUCAGAUACACUUUUACAAUUCGAGGACCCAUAAGAGAACAUCAAAAGAUCCAAGGAAGAGUCCUGAACCAGCGAGUCCUGAUGAUCAUAUGAGCUUAGACCUCAGGCUGAACCUACCAUGCGGGUCACUCAGAAAGAGCCAUGUGGAAGACAAUUUCACCAAGCAUAGUUCAGGUAGUCCUGCACUUGGUUCAGGUGAUCUAUUCAUGGAAUCCAGCACACCAAAGAAAAAAUUGGGAGGGUUAACAAGUAGUCCAUCGUGGUUGGCAUUUGAAGGGGAUCACCAAGAGAUGGUAGCAACUGUGUGCACAAAGUGUCACAUGUUGGUCAUGCUUUGCAAGUCCUCUCCUGCAUGCCCUAACUGCAAAUUCAUGCACCCACCAGAUCAUAGCCCUCCGAACCUAUUCAAGAGAAAGUGUACCCUCUUGUUCUAGUUGGAAAACAAAGCCUAGUUUAGCUUAGGAUUUGGCAUCCGCUCCAAACUUAUGUUACAACUACAUAUUUGUCUUUAAAAGCAAAUUGAAGUAUCUUGUUAGGCUUUAAUUUUUCCACCCCUAGGAAAAAGAAAUGACUGCUCCAAAUGAGGAGAGACUGAGAGGGUAUAACUAAUAUAAAUAGUGCAUAUAUACCAAGUGUUUUAUCCUCCUAAAUUUGUCUAAUGCACAUAUUAGCUAGGCAUCUUGAGACUCUGCUUACGAUGAUAUAUGUAUAUUAGUUGAAUUAGUUCUCAAGAAUAAGAAUAUACCCUCAACCUGCCUUAGAUUCACAUAAAUGUUACAAAGAUCACAUUAAGUGUUAUAUCACAUUUCUUAUAUAGAUACCAUAUUGUAUUCAUAUAAUUUAAAAGUAGAUGACUGAAAUUUAUAAAGUCGCAGUAAUAAAUUGUAGUGGAUAUCGGGAUAUGCUUCCAGUUGGAAGUUGGUGAACAGUGUAGCUUGGAUGCUUUCAUUCAGGGAUAGAUGAAAUUUUAAUGGCAAGUCCAUGAGUUAUAAUUAUUAA